AAAUUACACAGAAAUAGGUUGAAUCUGGCAGAAUUCUAAUUGAUACAAUCAGAUUUUUUUCUCAGUGCAGAUCCACAGGUUUGCUCUGUUCUUGAAUUUCUUUCUCCCCUUCCCCUUCCAUGCUAUGGGCACGGGCAAUGUCUCGUCUUCGCUUGGCUCAGUAUUUCGCGCCGUUUCAUCUGCGAUACAUCGGUUGCCUACUGCUCUCGAUCUUUUUUGAAAUUAUUUCAUUGCUUGCUGUUAUUUCAUCUUUCUACAUAAUUUAUUGCUCGAUUUUUUAGACACAUAGAUGCCAAUCCAUGAUACCAAUCUCGACUUGAUACGUGCAGAGGCAACUUUUACAUGCUUCUGUAUCCCUAUCAUAUAACAGAGUAUAUAAGAUUGUCUUUUGAAAUAGUCUCGAACUACACAAAAAAUAAAGAUUUAUUCAAAUUGUAAAAAUAAUGAAUGCGAAAGAAUAUGCUUCUUGUAACGAUGUGCAAAAACAGCAUGUAUUGAAUUUAAUCGACGAAUUUGAGGAAGAUAUAGCACAAAUGUCUGGUAAAUGUAUGGAUAUUGGUUGUGGACCUGGAGAUAUAACAAAAAAUAUCCUUUUACCAGCCUUAAAUUCAAAUGCAGUAAUAAUAGGUACCGAUAUUUCGGAAAAUAUGAUCAAAUUUGCAAAAAAAACAUAUUCUAAUGAGAAACAGCUCAAAUUCGAAGUGUUAGAUAUCCAAACUAAAAAUUUGCCUGAAAAAUAUAUUUCUGAAUUUGAUCAUAUAUUUUCAUUUCACACUUUACAUUGGUGUUAUGAUAUUAGACAAGCGUUUGAGAAUAUUUUCCAGAUGAUUCGACCUGGUGGAAAUAUUCUUAUGCUUAUAGUAGCGUCUCAUGAUGCAUAUGAAAUUAUGAAAUUUUUGGCUCAAGAUAUUCGUUUUGCACCAUACAUACAAGAUGUCAAAAAUUACGUUCCGCCAUUUAAUGAUUUAAUCACUCCUCAUAAAAAACUGAGGAAAUUACUUAAAAGUAUUGGAUUUGAUGUUUGCCAUUGCAGUCUUCGAGAAGUGACAUAUUCCUCCCAAAAUAUGCAAAAUUUUUUAUAUUCGAUAUUAGCUAUCUACCCAUUUUUGGACAAACUGCCACACGAUCAAAAAGAAGAAUUCAGGAAUGAAUUUACACGUGAAUUUAUGAAAAGAAAGCUUACUUGUAAAACAAUAGAGAAUAACCUGGAUCAAACAAAUUUUAUAGAUCUAUACAAAAUCUUAAUAGUUUAUGCACAAAAAGUUAAAAUAAAUUCAAUGUAUUUAGUUGUUUAUAAAUAG